AUGCUCCUACAGAAUCCAAAAGAAACAAUGCCAAUGAUGGAUGCCCAUGAACUACCAUCGGAUAUGCUGGAAGAUCCAGCAAGUCUACUUCGUCAAACGAGAGAGAACUUCUCAAUAUCUCACGACUUACAGCUCCUAACCGCUACCGAAGAGAACUUGAAACAAAUUACCCAUAGAACACAGCAAUUACAAGCAAAGCAUUCGCAAGAGUUAUUGUCACUGGAGAAGCGGCUAGCAGAUAAACUGAAGGCUACAGAAGCGAUGAGAUCUAUUCAAUUAUCACAAAGUCAGCAGUUGGACUCUCUGUCGCAAUCGCAGGAACUGGUGUCGCUAUCUAAGGAGCUGGAGCUUCUCGAGCAACAGCUUGCUCAAAUGCAUAAUGACCUUGAAGAAGGCAUAUCCCGAUUAUUGGAGACUUCUGAACCGUCAAGUAACCUAAAUUUAGGAUAUUCAAGUGAAAGUAACAAAGAGCCUCAACCGCCAGGGGAAUCCGCUAAUGUACUGAAACUACAACUAUACUCUUCUCUUGGGGUCAUCCUAGAUAUCGAUAAUAGCCAAGUACUGAUAGAAAAGGAUCCCAAUAGUGGGAUAGACCUCAUACCGCUGGACGACAAUUCUAUAAGCGCUUAUUACAGAACGAAAUACGUUUGGGAUAGAAUAUAA